AUGUCCGAGAUUGACCACGAGGUCCGCGGCGCAGAGUUUCGCGAGCUGAUUGGCGAAUGCAAGAGCGAUCGCAGGGACCGCGAGGGCUGGAGGGAUCGCAUACGGGGUAUCCGCUGCGAUGGACGUAGCAUGGCCGGCUGCGGCGCUGCCAUUGCCGAAGCUGUUGAGCUGUUUGGUCGCAUAGAUAUUGUGCUGUGCUGCAAAUCAGAGACCAUCGUGGGCACGGUAGAAGAACUCUCUCCGACACCCGUCACACGCAACCUGGUACGCGACCAGUUCGAAUCCAUCUUCUUCUCACAGGUCAAUUACAUCAAGGCCGCGCUACCCGUCCUGCGCGGCCAGCAUACGGGCCACAUCAUCGUCCUCACCAGCACGGGAGGACACAUUGCCACACCUGGAAUGUCCAUGUACUCGGCCGCUACCUGGGCCCUCGAGGGUUUCUGCGACUCGUUGGCGUAUGAGGUGGCCCCUUUCAACGUCAAGGUCACCAUUGUCCAACCCAACCAGGAGAUUCAGGCCCUGACCAACCGCCUUACAUUUGCGCCGCAGAUCCUCGCAUACGCCAACGCCUUCAACCAAGCCCCUAGCAUCCGCGACAUCCUCUCCAACGUGCUCAACGCCCACCCUGACACGGUCAUACCCACCACGACCCACCCUGGUCCCGUGCCGCCGCCGCCGCCUUCAUCUUCGCGACCCGACACGGCCGACUCCAUGGACUCGGAGGGUGUGGACGACGACAUUGAUAACACAUACCUUGAGCCCGAUCCGCCUGUCGGCGACGUUUUCCAGCGCUAUCCCCACCUGGCUCCCGCCGCUGCAGACAUCCUCGUCGCGGAGACGGUCCACGCCCUAACAGCCAUCGGUGGCCACGAGAACCCGCCCGCCAGGCACAUUGUCGGCUGGGAGGGUGCAGCUGCUGUUCGCGAGAAGCUCAAGACGGUAUCUGAGGAGCUAGAGGACUUUGUCGAUGCCAGUCUCGCCGUGGACAUUUUCGAGAGCCAACUCAAGGACGAAGUGCUCGAGGGUGACAGGAGAGGGCAACAGCAAGGGGACGUGUCAAGCUGA